GUGCAGGUUCCUCGUCCCCAGCAAAUGCACAGGCUAUGUCGAGCAGCUCCACUGGCGUGAAUCAUAUGCCGGAGAUCACGAAGCCGGUGCCUCGAAUCAAGGAGGGCGAACCCAUUCCGACAGCCUACGUUCCGGGGCCGAAUGGGGAUUUGAUCCCGGUGUACGCGAGUAUGGAGGAGGUGGAGCGGGCGAAGCAGAAGAAGGGAACGAGUAAGGAGCCGAGUUCGAGUGGCGAAGAAGGUGGUCGUGGUGGAAAGAACAACAAGAAGAACCCAGCUCCUGUGACGACGUCAAGUAGCUUGGAAAGCGCAAGAACUAGCUUGGAGGACAGUGUUGAGGAAGUGAAGCAGCAUAAGGGUGACAGUAGUAGUCAUCACGCUAGUAGUAUCCAAGAAAAAAACUGUGUUGGUGUAACUUUCUUCUGCUGACAGCGUCUUCACACAUUUGCUCUCCAUGACAGAGAAAACCUGUGAUGCGUGGCUCAUACGGGAAAUAAAACACACAUGAAGAGAGGACUUUAUGGCUGUCUAUAAUUUUGUAAACAGAGUUACUACACUUACGCAGUUGUUUUCUUGCAUAACUUGCAACCACCACAACAACCGAGGUAACAAGAAAAAUGGUGCAAAACACCAGCAGCAGGGUGGGGGAAAUAACAAUAAGGGCGCCGGCGCCUCCGGGGGGAAACACCACCAGCAGAAGUAUAUGCAACAGCACCAGAAGCAAAAUUUUUACAACGCUCCUCCGACAGCAUCCCCCACUCACGCCCCGGCUCCUGGUAAGAACCAGGACGAGUUAAUGAU